GCGGAGCCGGGGUCGCGGAGACCGCUCGCAGUCCCAACUGAGCUCUGCCUGCCUUUGCUAUGACCUCCAAACAAGCCAAAAAGAAAGAGGCGAAUCGUAUCUACUCUGGGCAAGGCUGGGACAAAUCUAAAGAUCAGUACUAUGUUGGCAGUAAUGUACCAAUCGGUUCUGUUGAGCAGAAGAAAGGGAAAUUCCCUAUCUGGCCAGAAUGGAACGAAGCUGACAUAAAUGCAGAAAAGUGGGACACAGGCAAAGGUGGAAAAGAAAAGGACAAAACAGGAAAAAGCCCUAUAUUUCAUUUUUUUGAGGACCCUGAAGGAAAGAUUGAAUUACCACCAUCAUUGAAAAUUUAUUCCUGGAAACGUCCACAGGAUUUUUUAAUUAAUCAGACUCCAGUAGUUGUGAAACACGAAAUCCAGUUUGACUUGUUUUCAGUAAAUGAACAUUUAUUCUGCAGUGAGUUGAUGAGAUGGAUUAUCAGCGAAAUCUAUGAAGUGUGGAAGAUAUUCAACGGGGGAAUUUUCAGCAAUUAUUUUAAAGGGACUGCAGGGGAACCCCCUCUUCUCGUCUGGAAACCCUGGGAACACAUAUACUCUCUGUGCAAGGCUGUGAAGGGUCACAUGCCUUUGUUCAAUAGCUAUGGAAAGUAUGUUGUAAAACUUUACUGGAUGGGUUGCUGGAGAAAGAUAACAAUUGAUGAUUUUCUGCCUUUUGAUGAAGAUAACAAUCUAUUGCUUCCAGCUACAACUUGUGAAUUUGAACUCUGGCCAAUGCUUUUGUGUAAAGCUAUCAUUAAGCUGGCAAAUGUUGACAUCCAUGAAGCAGAGAGGAGAGAACUGGGAGAGUUCACAGUUAUUCAUGCACUCACGGGAUGGUUACCAGAAGUCAUUUCUCUCCACCCAGGAUAUAUGGACAAAGUAUGGGAGCUCUUAAAAGAAAUAUUGCCUGAUUUUAAGCUGGCAGAGGAGUCCAGGUCUGAAAGCAAAAUAACAGUGAUAGAUGCCAAAUUAAAAGAAUCAGGGAAAGAAGUGAAGGAUGGCAAAGAAGUGAAAGAUGGCAAAGAAGUGAAAGAUGGCAAAGAAUUCAAAUCUGAAACUUCAGUGACAACACUAAAAUUACUUGAGAAAAGUGACAAAGUUUUAAAGGAAAAAGCAGAUGCCAAAGACGUUGGGAAGAAGAGGAAUAAAGACGGAGAAAGGGAAAAGGAAAAGGACAAAUCUAAAUGGUCACUUCACGGUUCAAGACCCUCAUCAGAUGUACAGUAUUCUCUGCAGUCUCUUUCAGACUGUUCUUCAGCAAUAUCGUCCCCUUACACGAUUGUGUAUGCUACCUUUACACCUCUCUAUUUGUUUGAAAAGAAGAUAUUUUCAUUAGAGAAGAUGUGCAAUUCUGCUGAGAAGCUACGAGAAUAUGGCCUGUCCCACAUCUGUAGCCAUCCUGUGCUGAUGACCAGAACCAGGUCUUGCCCUCUUGUAGCUCCACCGAAACCACCCCCAGAGCCUCCCUGGAAACUUUUUCGUCAAAAAAAAGAAACGGCGAUAACAGAUGAACCUCAAGAAUUAAUAAUAAAGAAGCCUAUACAGUUUCUUGAGAUAUCAAGUCCAUUUUUAAAUUAUAGAAUGACUCCAUUUACAAUUCCAACAGAUACUCAUUAUGUACAAUCUCUUAUUAAGAAAGGGAUGCCUCCAGGAUCUGGUUUAUCUUCCUUUAAUGAAAAUGAUGAAACUGAAAACUUGAGCCAGCCAGAAUUAAGUCAAUUGACAGGAACUACAUCUCAGGGUAAUAUUGCUUCACAGUUUACACCAGGAAAAGAUGAACUAACAGACCUUGGAUUGAAUGACACAGCCUAUCCAGUUGAGGGAUUUAAUUUGGAGCGGGAUUUGGUCAGCCAGGCAACAACACUACAGGAAAAAUCACAGGAGGAACUUACAGCAAUGAAUACUGGUGUUUCUAAAGAAAUAUGGUUAGAUUUUGAAGACUUCUGUGCAUGCUUUCAGAAUAUCUAUAUAUUCCACAAGCCAAGUUCAUAUUGCUUUAACUUUCAAAAAACAGAAUUCAAGUUCUCAGACGAACGUGUGUCCUACUAUCUAUUCGUGGAUAGUCUAAAACCUAUUGAACUACUGGUUUGCUUUUCUGCAUUGGUGUGCUGGGGAGAAUCUGGAGCUUUAACAAAGGAUAGCCCCCCCAUAGAGCCUGGAAUACUUACAAUUGAAACAUUUUCUUGGAAAUCUCUGAAGUCACGUGAUCUUGUUCUGAAGAUUCAUACAUAUGCUACCAAGGCUGCUAUGGUUCAACUGCCUGUCGGGAGACACGUGCUGCUCUUAAAUGUGUCGGCCUCACUAGGGCAUUCCAUCCACAUCUGCAGCAUGGUGUCUUUUGUCAUUGGGGAUGAAGAUGUUGUGCUACACAACUUUGAGCCGGAGAGCUACCGAUUUACAGACCAGUCUCUAAAAAUUAUGAAGGCUAUUGGAAAUGUGAUUGCUAAUUUCAAAGAUAAGGGUAAACUCGCUGAAGCUCUGAAGGAUCUUCAAACAGCUCACUACCCGAUAGCUCUCCACGACAAAGAACUCACUGCACAGCACUUCAGGGUUUUCCAUAUAUCUUUAUGGCGUUUAAUGAAAAAAACUCUAACAAAAUUUUCUUCAAACUUGAAAUUUGCAUUCCGUGCUAUGGUCUUGGACUUGGACUUACUCGAUUCCUCCUUGGAAGAGGCUUCUUUAGAAGAAUUGGUAGAUGUUAAAUAUUGUGUGCCAGUAAGUGAUAGAGAGUAUUAUCCUGAGGAAGUAGCAGCAGCAAUUAAAAUUCAAGCCAUGUGGAGAGGGACUUAUGUCAGAAUGCUUAUGAAAGCUAGGACACCAGACACAAAGGAAAAUACCAGUGUUGCAGAUACUCUUCAAAAAGUUUGGGCUGUACUGGAAAUGAAUAUAGAACAGUAUGCAGUUUCCCUCUUGAGACUAAUGUUUAAAAGCAAGUGCAAGUCUAUUGAAUCUUAUCCAUGCUAUCAAGAUGAAGAAACGAAGGUUGUUUUUGCCGACUAUACUGUGAGUUAUGGAGACCAGCCACCAAAUAGUUGGUUCAUAGUAUUCAGAGAAACAUUUCUGGUUAAUCAAGAUAUGGUUUUGGUCCCCAAAGUAUAUACUACACUCCCAAACUGUAUGCUCCACGUUGUUAAUAAUGACACAAUGGAACAAGUGCCAAAGGUGUUCCAUAAAGUGGUGCCUUAUCUUUAUACCAAGAAUAAGAAAGGAUACACCUUUGUGGCUGAAGUAUAUACUGGUGACACACAUGUAUCUGCCUCACGAUGGAAAUUGCGUCUCAUUGGUUCUUGUAAUCCACUCCCAUGCCUCUCUCGAGACUUUCCAUGCAAUACCUUUGCCAUAAAGGAAAUCAGAGACUACUAUAUACCCAAUGAUAAGAAAAUCUUAUUCAGGUAUUCAGUUAAAGUUGUAUUGCCACAUCUUGUUACAAUACAGGUGCGCACAUCCAAACCAGAUGUAUUCGUCAAGUUACAGAUCCUAGAAAAUGAAGAAACUACUGUGAGCACCAUUGGGAAAGGCCAAGCUAUACUCCCAGCAUUUAACUUCAUGGGGAAUGAGAUUACUUUGAGUUCCCAGUCUAGCAAACAAAUUAUUUCAAGUCAUGUUUCAUCCAAGAAAGAGCAAGAAUUGUACAAGAAGAAAUAUGCCCAGAGCACUCAGAAAUUUUAUAAGGGUAGACCUGGAAGUGCAGUAGCAGACCUUGGUCAGUAUAUUUCAGAAGAUGAAACUGUGAGUGUGGCCCCUGUAGACGAAACUGCCAGCACACAACAGCAGAUUUCCAAGUGUAUCAUACAGUGUUUGGUAUUGUAUAACAGUUGGCCUCUCACCGAAAGUCAGAUGAUGUUUGUUCAAGCACUAAGAGAGUUAGAGAAAAAUGAUAACAAAGUUCAUGGAGAGAAACAUGAGGAGUUAAUUCCCUUGGGAAGCUCAGAUUCCCAUGCUAUUAGUGAGGGGCAAAAGUCUUCAGGAACAUCCAGAACAAGGAAAGGCAAAGAAAAGUCUUCUGAGAAAGAAAAGACAAGCAAAGACAAACAAGCACCUCGCUUUGAGACUCAGAUGUCCGCUGUUCACUCUCAACAAGAAGACCCAAAUAAACCCUACUGGAUUUUGAGGUUGGUCACUGACUACAAUGAAGCAGACUUUUUUGAAGUGAAAAAAGAUACAGCACAAGCAGAUGAAAUCCGAGCCAUGAAGCAAGCCUGGGAGAUGACUGAGCCAGGAAGAGCCAUCAAGGCUUCUCAAGCUCGUCUGUGUUACCUCAGCCGGUUCAUUAAGAAAAUCCCAGAUGCUGAGAGUGUGCUUGUGCCUGUGUCAGAAAGCCAAACGAAAGCAGGGGAAGAAGAAACACCUGCAAGUUCCAUAAAAGAGCCAGAAACAAAGAGUCCUGGGAGUUUAGAGAGCAAAGAGUCAACACAAUCAGGGACUGUGCUGUGGAAGAAAUGGCAAAUGACCAAGAGCUUAAAGGAUCUGGCAAAAUCGAUAAGUAGUGAAAGUGGAGGAGCAAGCCUGGCAGUCAAGGAGGAGCAGACCAUGCGGAAGGAAAAUAUCAGGCCUCGUGCACGAUCCCCGACAAUUUUGGAAAUGUCUCCACAACUUAUUCAAAAAGAGUUAGAAUGUGUAGACUUAACUCAAUACUUGCGGAAAACAAACAUUGAGCCUCUGCUGCUAACGGAGGAACUGAAUCAGCAUCAAUCAAUGCAAAAAGCAGAGGAGGUUCAUCAGUUUCGACAGCGUAGGAACAGACUCCUUAGCAUUCGAGGCAUUGAACAAGAAGAACGAUUAAAAUUAAAGCAUAGAGUCCUGGAGAUGUAUGGGGAAAUGCGGGACUCUUUAGAUGAAGCCCGACAGAAGAUCUUCAAUAUACGGGAAGAAUAUAGAAACAAGUUGCUGGAAGCUGAGCGCAGAAGGUUGGAGGCUCUGGCUGCUGAGGAAGCAGCAGUCCGGGCGGAGCCAGAAAAGAAGACCCCGGCUCCUGACAAAGAGAAAAAAAAGAAAGAAAAGAAAAAGUAACCAGGAGAGGCCCAAUACUACCUUUCUUCUGAAGAAGAACCUAUUUUUACAUAUAACUUUGCUGAUAAAAAGAAGGUCUUGGCCAAUUAAAAACAGAAUACUUCCUACCUUAGAAAUAGUUUCUGCAUUUUAAUGUUAAUUUGUUAGUUUUUCUCAGAAAGCUAUAAUUUGAAUCCAUUAGAGUUUACACUUUUCUAAUUUUAAUUUAAAAAU